CAAUUACCAAAUCAAAACCUUGUACAUUAGAUUUUUUCCCCACGCCAUACGACACCGUUUCGACCCCGAAGGCAGCCCGCCAUAACUCACAUAACUCACUGGUCCUUGCCGCCAAUAUCAUAUUCCGACCUGACGGCCGCAACUUCCCUCUUCAACUCUCUCCAUUUAUCAAAACCCCAUUUUUUUCACAAAUCGAUCUCUAAAAGAAAGUCGGCAACUUUUGAAUGUUUGAUUUUAUACACAGAGAAACACGAAUACGAGAUGCAAAUCAAAGUGAAGUGCAGCUGCGGAGAGGACAGGUGUCCCGAAUGGGCAGUCGUGGAGGUUCAGGGGGUCGUUGAAGCCCAGCCCUCAUUUCAGGAUCGCCUUCAAAACCUUGAGAUCGGCCUUCUCUGCCGUCCUUCUUCUCAGGAAAGUUAUACAUUUACUGUGGGGUACCAUGAGCUGACAGGGACAAAAGUGAGUCUGAAGAAGCCGAUUUUGGUGUUGAAGAGGAUUAAGCUUGAUGAUGAAGUAAAGGAGGGCGAAGGCAGUUCAAAUUCUAAGAGGGUUGAAUUGGAUGUGAUUGGAGUGAUUCGCCACAAAAUCCUAUUCAAGACGAGGCCCAGAGCUCUUAUAUCCACUAAGGGACCUCAACAAUCUGGGAAGGAAAGAAUCACGACACCAAGUUCGAUGGAGUUGAACUAAAAUAUGAUCAAGCUAUGUUAAUGAUGAUAAACCUGCUUGUGUUGAAUUGUGUGGAUGCUAUAUAAGUUAAAGGCAGCUUUGAUCACCACAAACGAAUUACUGAGUCGUGCUGAUUGUGUUGAUUUUUUGCAGCAAGUCUUUUGUUUAAACAUUGAAAUCGUGCUGAGUACUGGGUUUAUAUUGGCUUGAAUAACUGCAGUUAUUUAUUCAUAAACGGCAUAAAAAGAUGAAUCAUUCGGGAGUGGCUCCUCUUCAGAUAAGUACAGAA